UUCGUAGUCGAAGCGUUGAGAAAUAAUUUGAACUUCACUUAAUGCCUUUAUUGUUGGCAUGCUUCAGAGAGAUGACAUUAAAGGGAUAAUUAUUAUAAAUUCUUGUUGAAAUCUGAAAUCUUUGGAAAUUGGUAUGACUGGCUACAGCCUUCCACACAUUGGAUUCGCUGAUGCAACAAUCCCUUUUAACUUACAGCAGUAUUCAAAAUUGGAUUAUACUCUGCAAGAUUAGUUCUUCAUUCUGAAGAAAAUCAAGUGGAAAUUUCUGCUGAUUCCUUUUCUGUGUCCAUCUGCUAAUGUCAUUUACAUCAGUUCACACACUCAAAAGUAAGAGACAGUCUGGAGAGAAGAGGAAAGACAGAAUUUGAAAAAUACUAGUGCAGGUUUUGGUGUUAAUUACUUUAACAGCUGUGAUAGUCAGCUAAAAGAAAUCUUUUCUAUUCACCUUGGACGUUUGUGAUUAUAAUAAUGGAUGAUAGCAUUAUUAUUCUGGAUGAUGAUGAUGAAUAUCCUAGCUCAUCUACCAGUAACCUGAUUCCAGCGCUACAGGAGACAAAGCCAGUCUUAGGGCCUUAUUGCUCUCCAUUUGCUCCAAGAGACAGCGAAAAGCAAAAGGAAGUAAUUAAGUUGGAGAAUGAGAAGCUCUUUUCAGAGUUUGUUGAGUUCUGCACACCACUAACUAAAGACCACCCAGAGGUCAUAACUUUCUUGAAGUCAAAGCACACUAAAUGCAGUACACAUUUUCUUGGAUCUGUGGAAUUCCGGAAUAUGCUGGGUCACUGCCUCCAAAAAGUGCAAAGUACGCGUAACAAGGUGUUUGUGUACAUAAAUGAAUUGUGCACUUCAUUAGGAGCAAACUCCCAAAAACGUCUACAAACACAGCAUUCAGCAGCAAGUAACAGCACUGAUAAACCUCAGGGUCUGAAAGACAAAGGAGCUGGAAAGGAACAUACUGUAAUGUCAAAUGGAUCCCAGAAUACCUUAUCAGAGACCGCUCUUGAACAGAAUCCCGACACAGCACAAGAUGAUGCACGAUCUUUAAAGGCCUCUAAAAGGCAGAUACGAUAUCUGGAGAACCUGCUGAAGGUCUAUGCUAAUGAGAUUCAUCGGUUACAGGAAAAGGAGCUUGGACUGGAUGACCUGUGUGAUGAAGACUCCUCUUACAUUCAGGAACACCGGUUAAAACGGAAGUUGAUGAAAAUCUUCGAGAAGCUUUGUGAGCUAAAAGGCUGCACAUCAGCAACAGGGCGAGUUCUUGAACAGGCAAUUUGCUAUAAUGGGACACGCUACCCUGAAAUUAAUAAAAAGUUGCAAAGGUUCAUCAACAAGCCAGAGAAGUACAGAGAAUUUCCAGACUAUUCUGAUAUCUUGCGCGAGAUAAGUCGAGCAAACGAGCGCCAUGAGUUAAAUCUAUCCAAAAAGCAAGUACAAACAAUGGCGCAAGAUGCUUUCCGUGAAAUAGGCAAUAAACUUCAAGAACGUAGUCAUUUAGACCUUAUCUACAACUUUGGCUGUCACCUUACUGACAAUUACCAAGCAGAUGCUGACCCAGCGCUGUCUGACCAUUCUCUGUCUCGCAAACUUAGAGAGAACAGAGCACUGUCCGUUUCUAGAAUUGAUGAAAUAAUUGUAAAAUAUGCAACAAUGCAGGAUGAAACAGAACACGAGGAACGAAUGAAGCGACUAGAAAAGGAGAAGUCCAUACAGAAAAAUGAAGACAAGGAUAAUGAUUCCAAGCCGAUAAAGAAAGAGUGUACAGAAAAAACAAAGGACAAGGAACUAGUCACCAAGAAUGAAGAAAACUAUCAUGUAAAGAAUAAAGAAAGUGAGGGAGAAGCUUCUGGCAAGGGCUGUGAAGGCAGUGAGGAAGAAGAAGAAGUGGAAGAGGAGGAGGUGGAAGAAGAAGAAGAAGAAGAAGAGGAGGAGGAGGAGGAAGAUUUGUCUUCAGAACCUGAUAUUGAAGAUGAGCUGGAGAAGAGCAUUGAAAUGAGAGAUGAUUCAGAAUGGGCAGAUGAAGAUGGUAAACUUGAGGGAAGUGAUACAGAUCAGUUUGUAGAAUUAGGAAUUGAAUCCUCGUGUUCUGAAAACGACAUGGAAAGUGACAAUGAAAAGAAAGAAGAGCAGUUGUUGAAAGUGCCUGAUGAGGAGGAAGAGGAGGAGGAUGAGGAGGAGAUUAGUGAAGAAAGGACUACAGAUGAUAAAGUCUUAGAUAAACCCAGUGUAGUAACGGGAAGUGCAUCACACCAUUCUGGUUCUAGCCAGCUGGAUGAAGAAGGAUUAGAAGAAAGUGACAUGGCAAAAAAUGGUAUUGAGAAAAACAGACCUCAAAAAGUUACAGCCUGUUAUGAAAUGGACAGAAACCAGUCCCCCAGCACUACUUCGGGAGAAUCUAAUCCUACAGUCACAACUGAACAGAACCAUCACAGUUUUUCCACUCAGAUAUGUGAUUCCCCUAAAGCCACUAAAAAUAAGAUAUCCAGUUCCUGCCCAUUGCCUUCUGACAAUCAAAAUCCACACCCUCCUUCACCAUCUUCACAAUCGGUUUCAUUAUUUACAACAGCAAGUACAUUUUCUUCAUCUAGGAAAACUGCAAAAAAAAGGAAAGCGAGUUCUUCUGUAGACUUAAUACAUACAGAAUGCUUAGAUAUGAAUGGCAAAGAGAGCAGGGAGAAUAAACCCUUUGUGAGCAGUGCUGAUGAAGACAGUAUCCCUUUGGACAUGUAUGUCUUUUCAAGUAGCCCACCUGGUCCAGAUGACAUAAGCCCACUGCAUGCUGCAGAUACCACACAAGAAGAAUGUCCAUUUUCCUCAUUAGUGACAAGUUCACAGCCAAGUCCUAGCAGCCAGCCUUCCAAGAAAAAGAAGAAGGUGAGUGUUGCCACGCAGUGUGACCCAGAAGAAGUAAUUAUUCUGUCUGAUUCAGAAUGACACUCCUGGCUUUACAUCUUGAUCAUGCUGAUGCCAGUAGAUCUCUACCUGAGCCACAGCCACAAAGCCCACCUCAUCAAGAAUCUCUUAGCAGGAGCCUGGCCUCUGGUGCUGUGGGCUGGUGUCCUAGAAUCCAAAGGUGGUGCUAAUAAAGUCUGACCUUGAGAAGAUAAAUGGACUCAUUCAAUUGAUGGUGCCAUUCACUGGACUUGUCUAAUCAAGCAGUACUUUUUAAAAUAUCUGUAUAUAAUCCUGUUUUGUUCCUUUUAUGUGCUUUAUUUUUUCACAUGGUUUCCAGAGAGAGGUUAUUGGGAUACUAGGCCAUUUUCAGCACUUUCUUUUCUUGUUAGCUGAGAGUUGCAGAAUAUGAAAUGUUUUAUCUUUCUAAAAAGAGACACUGUUCCCAGACAAGCUACUCUGAAAAAACUGUUAUGUCCUACCUUAUCACAUCUUUUUUCAAUUACACAAGACUUUUGUAAACAUUAUGCCAUGGAAGAUGUUAUAUUUCUCAUUGGAAAAAUAAAAUUUGGGGUUUUGGCUUACUUUCUGACAAAAGCCUUGAAAUAUUUAAUUUUUACCUGAGUGUUAAAUCAUCAAAAAUGCCAAAAUAUUUUCUCUGUACCUUUUGUGAACAAAGUCAUUUUAGGUAGAUGGAGUGUUUGUUUUUAUAUAAUUUUGUUCAAAAGGGACCUCUGAACAAAAUGGAAAAGAUGUUUAUGUAAGAUAUUUGUUACCUGAGAAAACAAAAAAAAUAAAAGUAAUUUUCUGUC